AUGGCCCACCUCACGGACCCGACCGCCCGCAUCGCCCACCUCGAGCGACAGCUCGCUCAUCUCCAACGCCGGCUCGCCCUCGCGCAACAACUCGUGCGCGACCGCACUGGGCUCGACUUGAGCGACAUGAUCGAUUCGGCCGAGGCGAGCGGUGAACAGGGCGUCACGAGCGGGAUCUCGGAGCGGCAGCCGGCGGCGACUCGUGCGGCACCUCCUCAUCCUCCCUCCUGCGCCGUCCACCGCCUCGACGGCACCGAUCCAGCGCCCUCAGCCGCCGAGAACAAUGCGCCAGUCGACACGUCCGGUCCCGUCGACGUCGGCCCUUUCGUCCUGCGCGCUCUCGCCCUGCGAAAGCGGAUCCACCUCGGCGAGACGAGCGAGGUCGACGGCGAGAACGAGCUGCGCGAGAUGUUCGAGGGGGAGGCAGCGGCGCUGAGCGAGGAGCAGAGGGCGUCGGUCCGGCAGUGGGCGGGACUGUGAGGCGGGACGAGUGCGCGUGAGCCGGUCGAGGCAACGCAGCGCACCUUAUUCACGCCAUCGGAGCACUCCUGUCAACGCUGCAAGCGCAAACACGUCGACCGGCCCUCGAGCGACGUCGGCAACCCCUCUGCGGCUUCGUCGCCGCCCGACACCGAGCCACCGCGGCCUCUCGUCGGCAGCGACGUCUCGCUCUGGUACACACGCACUCGGCAGGUCCGGUGGGACCGCCAAGGAGGAGCGAGGGGCAGAGAGAGGAUGCAACGAUGGUCUCUGCGCGCCGCGCGCGGCGGCCUUUUCUC